GCAUACACAAACAACAGAGCAUCUACGAAAGCAAAAUUGAAAUUAAUAUUAAUCAUAAAUUUAGAACCAAUUCUUUACAGUGCGUUUAUCCAGUGUGUCUAGUGACGAAAUUGCAUUUCGAACUGAUAAAGAACGAGCAUCGCGUUGGCUUAGAUAGUUCCUAGGCCGAGAACUUAAUUCCCGGCACCUUGUUUUUUUUUUAAUUUCCACCGAAAAAUGGCCAGUUCAUCAAGGGACAACCAUCUAAACAAAGUAUGUUGCUACUCGCACCCGGAAGCACCGUUGAUAGAGGAUUAUCGAGCGGGGGACAUGAUAUGCUCAGAGUGUGGCCUAGUUGUCGGUGACCGCGUCAUCGAUGUGGGUUCCGAGUGGCGAACCUUCAGCAACGAAAAGGCGGGUGUCGAUCCGUCCCGUGUUGGUGGUCCUGAGAAUCCCCUCCUGAGCGGUGGUGACCUGUCCACCAUGAUUGGUCCCGGCACCGGUCCGGCUUCGUUCGAUGCGUUCGGAACUGCAAAAUAUCAGAACCGCCGUACUAUGAGCAGCUCCGAUAGGGCUUUGAUUGCCGCUUUCAAGGAAAUCAGUACGAUGGCGGACAGAAUCAACUUGCCGAAAACGAUAACCGAUCGCGCCAACAAUCUGUUCAAGCAGGUGCACGAUGGUAAAAAUCUGAAAGGCAGAUCGAACGACGCCAAGGCUUCCGCUUGUCUGUACAUCGCCUGCCGCCAGGAGGGCGUACCGCGAACGUUCAAAGAGAUCUGUGCUGUCAGCAAGAUCAGUAAAAAGGAAAUCGGCCGCUGCUUCAAACUCACACUCAAGGCACUCGCUACCUCUGUCGAUCUCAUCACAACCGCUGACUUUAUGUCUCGGUUCUGUGCGAAUCUGGACCUCCCGAACGUGGUGCAGCGUGCCGCAACGCACAUUGCGCGUAAGGCGGUCGAAAUGGACAUCGUACCUGGAAGGUCACCGAUCUCGGUAGCGGCUGCUGCAAUCUACAUGGCCUCGCAAGCGUCGGAUAACAAGAAAACUCACAAGGAAAUUGGUGACAUUGCCGGUGUGGCUGACGUAACGAUUCGCCAGUCUUACCGGUUGAUGUACCCGCACGCCGCCGAACUGUUUCCGGAGGAUUUCAAUUUCUUCACACCGAUCGAACAAUUGCCGCCGGUGUAGAAUUCUUUGAUGUUCGGAGAUUUAGCAGACGCGUCGCGUACAACAGACAAAUCCUUACAGUCGUACACAUUCGUACACUUAUAGCUACUGCGGAGCUAUACCAAAGGCUAGGGCUUGUUUAUAUUAUUCAAAAAUGUUGAAUUCGGGAUAAUUGGACAAAUCAGCACCCGUUGUACGUAUUCCCUUCAACCGAUAGAUAGAUCCCGAGAAAAUUUGUUUCGUUCAACAAACAUGGCGCGGAACGUUUCAACGCCAUUUAUUCGGGUACGAAAGUUAUCAAAAAACAGAUUCGAGAACAGUGACUCUUAUUCGGUAUAUAUUUUUUAUCAUGUUUUUUUUUUGUUUUUUAAUGAAACGAAAGGGUACUUCAAAGUGUUCCCUUUAUUUGAUCUAUAGUACAUCGUCCCUUUUUUCCUCCCCACUACAAAUUCUACCAACGGGAGUACAAACUUUUCCACAGAUGAUUGAAUUAUUUAAUAAAGUAAGGUAUAUAUGUGCUGAACGAACGUGAAUCUUUAAGCCAAGCGUAGCGGAAUGGUCUACAGAAUCCAGCAUGGCGGGUGUUGUUCGAAAUGCUAAACUAUUCUUGUGAAUAUUUAUUCGUUACGAGCCCGAAUAAGAGAGUGUCGCAAGUGGCCACAAUCGAGCAAUAUCCAUGGGCCGAUGUAAACGCUACCCAAAGCGGGGGUCACUUGACGAAGGGAUGUAUUAUUUUUCACGUUCAAUUAUAUAUCUUUGUAAGAACUAUUUACUUAGUUGAAGGUUUACUUUUUAAUUUGCGUCACGUUAGCUCAACACGUUGGACGUAAUAUGGAUGGAAAUGGAUCAGUACAUACAAGCAAAAACACACAUUUAUGCACAUCACCGCGAUGAGGAUUAGUGGUUAGAAAGUGCAUACGUUGAACUGAUUUAUAAGGUCUAAAAAAUAUAAAAUUCAUGAAAACACUCGACUUUGGCCUUGUUUAUUUCGAAUAAGA